GAUUCCGAGUCUGUGGACUUUACUGAUGCAGGACGUCACCCGAUUAGCUCGAAUCUAGCCAAACAUCAAUGUAUCAAGCUCCGGAGUCACUGUACGUAUAGACUUAUUGUCCACGUGUAAAGUUAGAAUCCUUGGGGUUCUGCUGAGUACAUAUGUCACAUGAGAACCCAUGUAAGUUACGUGCUAGGCAUCGGAAGUUGGUGGUGGAGAAAGGAGAUGGACGCGUUGUGCGUGAGGUGCUGAGGUAUCGACAGGUUCGUGAAGAAACGGUUAUUUAUCCCCCUGCUUGCUUUAAAACAAGUGGAAAGUGGAUAGCAGACCGAGCGGAAUUUGCUCAGCAGGUGUUGGGCACUGGGCAACGAGUGGCAUGAAAGACUUCAGAGCGUGUUUUAUGGGUACUAGGUACUUAGUAAUAUUGGAUGUUCAAAUGUGGCGAC